UAGUUGUCAUAACGACAUCCAAUAAUCAUUGAUUAACAAUGACUGAAUAAUAACGUGAGAGAAGAAUAAGAAAAUGAAGAUGGGGAUGAGAAAAUAUAGAUAUUUUGAUAUUUUGUGAUGCUGCUGAAAGAAAGAUUCACACAGCGACUAAGUCAGCUGUAUUAGUGAUAACAUGACACUUGGUCUAAAUGUUGAGUUUUUACAUGGGUCCUACAAUUUCGUCUGACAGCUUUACAUAGCAAGGGAUAUUUUGUCUGUACAAAACAGUGAAAUAAUUCAUGAAGUCAAUUUAAUAAUUCUUACAAGAGAUGACUUGUGAGCCGAAGAAACGAAGCUUGCAUUUCAGAGAUUCUGCCAAGAUUCGACCAUGUGAAGAUAAUGGAAGCGAAGUUAGUUUGGAGGAUACAAGAAAACAAGAAGUAGAAGAAAGAGAACAACAAUGUAGUAAACUGAUAGAUGAGCUGAACAAAGAAACUGCCUGCUACAGUGCACUCGCGAUAGGUCUUGGAGGUUCGCACGAUUCCCCAAAUUUAAGGAAUGAACUGACGAGAAUACGAACCAAGUCUUUCCAUUUGGUUAAACAGACUAUGGAAAUCUUAACCCUGCUUUAUCAAAGGACAGAAUAUUCUUCGUCGAAAAGAAAAAAUUUGGAAAAUUUAUUUCAUGUAUUAUGUUCUUCUAUAGAAAUAUUUAUUCCACAUUUGACGAAAACCAUUUUUCUUUUGUCUGAAUUCCCAUUAAAUAACUCUUCAUGUGAUAUUGUGCUGAUCAAUACUGGGAUAACUGACCCUCUGGUAAUGAAGAAGAACUCCUCAUCAGUUAUUCAAGAUAUAUCUACAGAUGUAGAGGUUUCUCCUCAACAGGAACUUGUAUUACUUAAAAGGCAAAUAAAAGACUUUCAAUUAAUAGUGUAUGAAAUAAGCCAAAAGAUUCAUGUUAAUCCAUGGGAAGAAAAAACUCAGGAUAUCAGUUGCAGUAAAAACAAGAUGAGCGAAACAACGAACAAUAUGAAUUGUAUUAACAACAAUCCACAAGUUUCAGGCUUGUCAAGUAGUAAACCUGCAGGUUUAGAGGAGAGCAGCAACAGAAGGCUUCAAUGUUUUCCUACAAGACGUCGUUGGCUGCUUAUUGGAAUAAUCAUCAUCUUGGCAUUGUCAGCUUUGGUCUUAGGAAUCUGUUCAUCGGAUAAAUCUUGCUAAGAAUAUUUUCAGUGCCUUUGGAUAUUUAUGAUGUGACAAAAAUGUCAGUGUGCAAAGAAAUUAUUCAUUUUUAAAUACCAUAAUUAUCAAAGACAGA